AAGCGUCGGCACACACUAUUCUAGGCGAACCUCCAUUCAAAGAAGACAGGGAAGAGUAGUACGAUGGGAAUACAAUUUUAACGGAAGAAAAGGAAACAUGUGUCAUGUUUCAGAUAAAAUGAAUCAUUUUUGCGACUUCAUUGAUAGGAAGAUUGAUGAUGGAACGUUUAUUCCCAUGGUCAAAGCUGCGAACUCAUCGAUGCGGCAGAUUGGAAAAUUUCUGGUGUUCUUCGUAUACUUCAUCUCCACAUUUCUAGCCUUCACAUCCUUUUUCAUAAUCAUUCCAUAUGAACAACUAUACAAACCUGCCUGGCUACUCUUGCUGCUCGGCACUUGCGGCCUGUAUUUCUUAUUCAACAUCCAAUAUCAUUACUACAAAGCCAGGACAAUACCACCAGUUGCAAAUCCUGGAGAAGAAGGCGAUUCAUUUUGCUCCAAGUGCAAUUACUGGAAAAGCGAUAACGCUCAUCACUGCUCCGUGUGCGAGAAAUGUGUACUUGGGAUGGAUCACCACUGUAUUUGGAUCAACCAGUGUGUUGGGUUACACAACCAUCGCCAUUUCUUUCUAUUCAUUGCAAAUUUGACACUUGCGGCGGCCACAAUCAUUAUAGCCGGAUAUCAGUCGUUUUCCGAUCAUUUGUUCUUAGAGUCUUCUCAAACAACAUAUUGCACGACAAUACUAGAACAUGCACCACUUCAGGACAUUAUUUGCGAUUAUGACGGUUUUGCUCGAACGUCAGUUGUGUUCUGUUACUUGCUGAGUGGCAUUCUUCUGGUGAUGGUUGGCGGUCUGACUUCAUGGAAUAUUUAUCUGAUUUCAAUCGGAUGCACUUACAUUGAUUACUUAAAACUGACGGGAUCUAAGAAAAACACGAGCGCCAGAAAACGACUGAAUAAAGGAUUCAAAGCAAACUGGAGGAAUUUCUUAGGAUUACGAAGAAACCGAACAUUCUUCAAAUGUGUCAUUAUGCCAACUGCUUUACCGCCGGUCAAAUAUGAAGAUAUAUCACCAAAAUCUGACGCGUACGAUAUUGUUUGAUAUCGAAAAUUUCCAUCAUUUUAAUGCCAUUUUUCUUGUCAAAUAGUUUUUUUUUGUUUCCCAAUUCAAAGCACCUACUGUUUUUGUGAUCUGAAGUUUUAAUGUCCUUUUUUGCAUUUAUGAGAUGAAGAAAAGUUAUAAGAUAAAUUAUAAAUUGAUA